AUGAGCCACGCCUUACCUUCCCUCAUCCACAUCCCUCCUCUCCUUAAACAACCUGACACUGCUCUCCCCUCUAUUCCGCACCAUUCUUCCCUCCAUUGCAACCACUCUGAGCUUCUGUCCUGUGCUUCUAAGAUGACUGCAUCAUCAUCUUGCCUUCUAGGGGAUGGUUUAUCAACCAUAAAUGGCAAACCAUAUUUGUGCAAGGAUUUCUAUGGUAGACGCCUUCUGCACAGUUCAAGUCUUCCUUCAUUGGGAUCUGCUUUGCUUGGAAAUGGGAAAGCUCUUGCCGAUGAUCAAGGGGUUUCUUCCUCCGGGAUGUCUUAUUCCAGGUUCUUGGAGUAUUUGGAUAAGGAUAGAGUGAAAAAGGUGGACUUGUUUGAGAAUGGGACAAUUGCUAUUGUUGAGGUUGUUUCACCUGAGCUUGGUAACCGGGUGCAACGAGUCCGCGUACAACUUCCUGGCCUUAGCCAAGAGCUUCUUCAGAAAUUCCGAGAAAAGAACAUUGACUUGCAGCUCAUAAUACUCAAGAAGAAUCUGGCUCUCUCCUUUUUAACUUGA